UUAAUAGUGUUCUUUAAUGUUCAGGAAGAACUUACAGAAGGCAGGAGUCUAUAUGCUUUGGUCACCAUGUCUGGAAUUGGCAAUAAACGGGCAGCUGGAGAGCCUGGCCCUUCUGCACCUCCAGAGAAGAAGGCAGGGGUUGAAGAUUCAGGGACCACAGUGGAGACCAUUAAACUUGGUGGUGUUUCUUCAACGGAGGAGAUGGACAUCCGGACCCUACAGACGAAGAACCGGAAACUGGCAGAGAUGCUGGACCAGCGGCAAGCCAUUGAAGAUGAGCUACGGGAGCACAUUGAGAAGCUGGAGCGUCGGCAGGCCACCGAUGACGCCUCUCUGCUGAUUAUCAAUAGAUACUGGAAUCAGUUUGAUGAAAAUAUCCGCAUCAUCCUUAAGCGCUUCGACCUGGACCAAGGUCUUGGAGACCUUUUGUCUGAAAGAAAAGCACUGGUGGUACCAGAACCUGAACCAGACUCAGACAGUAGGGAGGGACUGGAGCCGGCAUUCUCCUUCCUAGCUACUCUAGCCAGCAGCACUAGUGAGGAGAUAGAAUCUCAGCUGCAGGAGCGUGUGGAAUCUUCCCGCCGUGCUGUUGCCCAGAUUGUGACGAUGUAUGACAAGCUGCAGGAGAAAGUGGAUGUGCUGACCCACAAGCUGAAUAGUGGAGAUAUUUCAUUGAUGGAAGAAGCAGUCCUGGAGCUUAAUACCUACCUCUCACAUGAAAAUGGACGACUGCAGGAGCUGGCUGAUGUUCUUCAGGAGAAGCACCGAAUCAUGUCUCAGGAGUUCUCCAAGCUGCAAGAGAGAGUGGAGACAGCAGAAUCUCGGGUGUCUGUUCUGGAGACUAUGAUUGAUGACCUUCAGUGGGAUAUCGACAAGAUACGCAAGAGGGAGCAGAGGCUCAACCGACACUUAGCGGAUGUUCUGGAACGAGUAAAUUCUAAAGGCUACAAGGUGUAUGGAGCUGGGAGCAGCCUCUAUGGGGGCACAAUCACCAUUAAUGCCCGCAAGUUUGAGGAGAUGAAUGCAGAGCUGGAAGAGAAUAAAGAGCUUGCUGGGAAUCGCCUCAGUGAGUUGGAGGAACUACGCCAGGAUCUUGAAGAAGUAACAACACAGAAUGAAAAACUCAAGGUUGAGCUGCGACGAGCAGUGGAAGAGGCUGUGAAGGAGACCCCAGAAUAUCGCUGCAUGCAGUCCCAAUUUUCUGUUUUGUAUAAUGAGAGUCUCCAGCUGAAGGCACAUCUUGAUGAAGCCCGCACUCUGCUUCAUGGCACCCGCACCACACACCAGCGCCAGGUGGAACUAAUUGAGAGGGAUGAGGUCAGCCUUCACAAGAAACUACGCACAGAGGUGAUUCAGCUAGAGGACACCCUGGCACAAGUCCGCAAAGAAUAUGAGAUGUUGAGGAUAGAGUUUGAACAGACACUUGCUGCCAAUGAACAAGCAGGCCCAAUUAAUCGGGAGAUGCGUCACCUUAUCAGCAGCCUCCAAAAUCACAACCACCAGCUGAAGGGAGAGGUGUUAAGAUACAAGCGCAAACUGAGAGAGGCUCAGCAGGAAAUGCCAGAAAAGAGGAGGAAUGGUAGUGCUCUCUUACAGUCCCAGUCCAGCACUGAAGACACAAAGGAGGAACCUCCAGAGAUCAAGCAGGAACCUGAUGAUCCUUCUGCCCAAGUGUCUGUCCCCAAGGCUGCUUCUGAAGAUGUUAAUGAAAUGAAGGCCAGGCGAGAUGAAGAGGAACGGGAGCGAGAGAGACGGGAGAGGGAGAGGGAACGAGAGAAGGAAAAAGAGAAAGAGAGAGAGCGAGAGAAAGAGAAAGAAAAGGAAAAGGAACGAGAGCGGGAAAAGCAGAAGCAGAAGGAAUCUGAGAAGGAGAGAGAGUCCAAAGAGAAGGAGAAAGGGAAGCAUGAAGAUGGAAGAAAGAAGGAGGCUGAAGCGAUCAAGCAACUGAAGGCUGAGCUCAAGAAGGCUCAGGAGAGCCAGAAGGAGAUGAAGCUGUUGCUAGAUAUGUACCGCUCUGCCCCCAAAGAGCAGAGAGACAAAGUGCAGCUGAUGGCAGCUGAGAAGAAGGCAAAAGCUGAGCUGGAAGAACUGAGGCAGAGGGUGAAAGAAUUGGAAGACAAGGAGAAAAAGGAGAGUAAAAAGAUGGCUGAUGAGGAUGCCCUCCGCAAGAUCCGAGCAGUGGAGGAACAAAUUGAGUAUUUACAGAAGAAACUAGCUAUGGCUAAGCAGGAGGAGGAGGCCCUGCUGUCAGAAAUGGAUGUCACAGGCCAAGCCUUUGAAGACAUGCAGGAACAGAACAUCCGCCUGAUGCAGCAGCUGCGGGAGAAGGAUGAUGCCAACUUCAAGCUGAUGUCAGAACGCAUCAAGUCCAACCAGAUCCACAAGCUGCUGAAAGAGGAGAAGGAGGAGCUGGCAGACCAAGUUUUGACACUGAAGACACAGGUGGAUGCCCAGCUGCAGGUUGUACGUAAGCUGGAGGAGAAGGAACACUUACUGCAAAGCAGUAUUGGAACAGGUGAGAAGGAACUGGGUCUCCGAACACAGGCCCUGGAAAUGAACAAACGGAAGGCCAUGGAUGCAGCCCAGCUUGCAGAUGAUCUGAAAGCCCAGCUAGAGCUGGCUCAGAAGAAGUUACAUGACUUCCAGGAUGAGAUCGUGGAAAACAGAGUAACUAGAGAGAAAGAGAUGUUCAACUUCAAAAGGGCUGAGGAAGAUAUUUCUAGGUUACGCAGGAAGCUGGAGACCACUAAGAAACCUGACAUGGUUCCCAACUGUGAUGAGAUACUAAUGGAAGAAAUCAAGGAUUACAAGGCCCGCCUGACCUGCCCAUGCUGUAACAUGCGCAAAAAGGAUGCUGUGCUCACAAAGUGCUUUCAUGUCUUCUGUUUUGAGUGUGUGAAAACACGCUAUGACACCCGGCAGCGUAAGUGCCCCAAGUGCAAUGCUGCCUUUGGUGCCAACGACUUCCAUAGGAUCUACAUCGGUUGAUUUUUUCCCCUGGAGUGAUGGAAAGUUGCUGCUUAUGCUGACCUCCCAGCAUCCCUCACUUUCUGUGACUGUCACCUUUGGGGCAGUCAG